CACCGUUCUUCUGCGAGGGGCGGGACUUAUUACAUAACUGCUUCCGGGUUGUAGGGUGACCUUGAGCCCUCAAAAGCGACAUGGCGGUUCUCUUAAAGCUGGGCGUUUUCUGCAGUGGCCAAGGAGCUCGAGCUCUGUUACUCCGAAGCCAGGUGGUCAGACCUGCUUGUGUGUCAGCGUUUCUCCAGGACCGGCCUACCCCAGCGUGGUGUGGUACCCGGCACAUUCACCUGUCACCAAGCCACCACGCUGGUUCCAAGGCUGCAUCUCUCCACUGGACCAGUGAGAGGGUUGUCAGUGUUUUGCUCUUGGGCCUGCUCCCUGCUGGGUACUUGAAUCCCUGCUCUGUGGUGGAUUACUCUCUGGCUGCAGCCCUUAGCCUGCACAGUUACUGGGGCCUUGGACAAGUGGUUAUUGACUACGUUCAUGGGGACAUCCUGCCGAAGGCUGCCAAGGCGGGCCUCUUGGCACUCUCAGCUAUGACCUUUGCUGGGCUUUGCUACUUCAAUUACCACGAUGUCGGCAUCUGUAGGGCGGUCGCCAUGCUGUGGAAACUCUGACCUCUGACCUCUGGGUCAGCACUUUAAUGUACGCCUCCUUGCCUCUGCUUUGUCAAUGCCGCUCACCUCACAGUGAGGAGGGGUGAAGGGGCAGAAUGUCUUCUAAUUACAUGGUUGUUUUCAGAAUUUAUUUGUUGAGGAAGAAGUUUGAGGAGUUAGGUUCGACCAGUCAUGAGUUCCAUAUUCCACUGAGUAUGGUUGCCGGUGCACACGCCUCACGGUGUAACUGAACAUUUCAUGAGCUCAUGUUGCCUUUGACCACCAUUUCUUAAGGAGAGACAGUUAAUUGCUUUCGGGAUAAGAGUAGACCAGGAGGGAGGACUGUUCAUUCGUGAGCAGACUUUGCAUGAAGUUGGAAAGUAUUCCCUUUGGAACCUUCCAUUCUUGUUCAAGUGAAACCAGCUCUGUUGAUGGCUCUGUUUCUAGGGAACUUUUAAUCCAGAGAUGCUCUCAAUUACUGAUUUGUUUAAGUUUUAGGAAGGAAAUUGAGGAAAGCUCGAUUUAGAGAAAUUCAGUUUAGGGAGUUCUCCUUGUAGGUGGGUUAAAAUAUGACAGGUUGCAAACAGACUACUCUUCAAAUGUAUCUCACUUGUGCAGAAAUGAGCUGUCCAAAAGUAUAAGACUAAGUAAUUAACUGUCUUCCCACCAUGGGAGUUCUUAAUGAGAAAGUGUACUCUGGAAAAGCAAAGUUUUUAAAUAAAAUAUUAUAUAAUGAAAA